GGGGCGUGCGCGGCAUCGAUUUCGGGCUACGGCGGGAGCAGGAGUAGCCGCCAGUCGCCCGUGAAGUGCGCAGGCGCUUGGCGGUUACCGGUCUAGCCAUGGAGCGGAAAGUGCUUGCGCUCCAGGCCCGAAAGAAACGGACCAAGGCCAAGAAGGACAAAGCCCAAAGGAAACCUGAAACUCAACACAGAGGCCCCGUCUCUCAUUCUGAGAAUGAUCUGCCAGAACAAGAGGAAGAAAUCCUGGGAUCAGAUGAUGAUGAACAAGAGGAUCCUAAUGAUUAUUGUAAAGGAGGUUAUCAUCUUGUGAAAAUUGGAGACCUGUUCAAUGGCAGAUACCAUGUGAUCCGAAAGCUGGGUUGGGGACAUUUUUCAACAGUAUGGCUAUCAUGGGACAUUCAGGGGAAGAAGUUUGUGGCAAUGAAAGUUGUGAAGAGUGCUGAACAUUACACCGAAACAGCCCUGGAUGAAAUCAGACUGCUCAAAUCGGUUCGCAAUACAGAUCCCAAUGAUCCAAAUAGAGAGAUGGUGGUUCAACUUUUGGAUGACUUCAAAAUCUCAGGAGUGAAUGGGACUCAUAUCUGUAUGGUAUUUGAAGUUUUGGGCCAUCAUCUGCUCAAGUGGAUUAUCAAGUCAAAUUAUCAGGGACUUCCACUUCCAUGUGUCAAAACAAUCAUCCAGCAAGUUCUGCAGGGACUGGAUUAUCUACAUACCAAGUGCCGUAUUAUCCACACUGAUAUCAAACCAGAAAACAUCCUUCUUUCUGUAAAUGAGCAAUAUAUCCGAAGGCUAGCUGCAGAAGCAACAGAAUGGCAGAGAUCUGGAGCACCCCCACCUUCUGGCUCUGCAGUCAGUACUGCUCCCCAACCUAAACCAGCAGACAAAAUGUCCAAGAAUAAGAAGAAGAAAUUGAAGAAGAAGCAAAAGCGCCAAGCUGAGUUACUGGAGAAACGAAUGCAAGAAAUAGAGGAAAUGGAAAAAGAGUCAAGCCCUGGACAACAACAGCUGGACAAACAGGAAGACACUGAAAGCCCUGUUGAGAGAGCCUUGACAGAGAACCCCCCAAGUAAAGAAGCCCAAGAAAAACUUGAAGAGGAAAGUGUCGUUGUCCCUGAGCAGACCCUUUCAAUGGAAAGCAAUACUGAGAAUAUUUCGUCAGAAAUCAAUUGCAAUGGAGUGAUUGAAAUAACUAAUUUUAUUGAAUGCAAUAAUGAAGAGUCAGUGAGGCUUAAGGAAGAUCAUCAUAAUGCCAAUGAUUGUGAUGCCCAGCCUUUGAAACAGGAAGAAGUUAACUUCCCACAUGCCCAAAAUGGCGAGGGCAGUACAUCUCAAGAAGUAACAGACUCUUGUACAGCUCUGAGUUCUGGGGUAUCAGAAACCAUGCUGUAUCAGCCAUCUUCAAGUGAGGAUCACUCAGUAGAGCAAUCAUUCAGUGAACAGGAGAUCAGCCAGCUGCAAGAGAGCAUCCGGGCAGAGAUACCCUCUGAAGAUGAAAACGAAAAUAAUGGACCAUUGGAUAACAAAGGUACCCAAGGAAAAUCUUCUGCUGGGAAUUUUCUUCUUAAUCCCCUUGAGCCCAAAAAUGCAGAAAAACUCAAAGUGAAGAUUGCUGAUCUUGGAAAUGCAUGCUGGGUGCAUAAACAUUUCACUGAAGAUAUUCAGACAAGGCAAUAUCGGUCCCUGGAAGUCCUAAUAGGAUCUGGUUAUAACACUCCUGCCGACAUUUGGAGCACAGCAUGUAUGGCCUUUGAAUUAGCCACAGGAGACUAUCUGUUUGAACCUCAUUCAGGAGAAGAGUACACUCGAGAUGAAGAUCACAUUGCAUUGAUCAUAGAACUGCUGGGGAAGGUGCCUCGCAAGCUCAUUGUGGCGGGAAAAUAUUCCAAGGAGUUUUUCACCAAAAAAGGCGACCUGAAACACAUCACUAAACUGAAGCCUUGGGGCCUUUUCGAAGUUCUGGUGGAGAAGUAUGAGUGGUCUCAAGAAGAAGCAGCAGGAUUCACGGAUUUCUUACUGCCCAUGUUGGAGCUGAUUCCUGAGAAGCGAGCUACCGCAGCAGAGUGUCUCAGGCACCCCUGGCUUAACUCCUAAAGUCACUGAUCCAACACCAUAAUCCUCUGGACUCUGGUUUGCAGCAGAGAUUAAUACACUGACCCAGGUGUUCCAGAUUUUCUCCUUCCUUCUCUUUCCUUGCCAUCCUUAAUCCUCCUCCUGUCCCCCUUCAAGCAUCCUCCUUUCCCUUUCCAGGGUGAAGCUCUUCCUUCAAGGCUUCCUAGAUUAUUGUUAUUUUUUAAUCUAAUAUGUUCAUUUGGGUUUGCUUACUUGACCUUGUGGGAAUCCCCACAGCCAUUGGGCAUCCUGAGUGAGUUUUGCCUUGGUUGGGCUCUCUCUGCCAAAGACUAUUGGACUGGAAUGUGAAACUGCCCCUCAUCUUCUAUCUUCCCUCUUCCAUUAGAACAUUCUCCUUUAAAUUAUAAGCAUCCUUUUUAAAGAAUGCAACGAAGAUGUGUGAGCCUAUCUUUAACUCACUGACUCUAAGAGUCAAAUUUUCUAGUGCAUAUUCUAUUGCCAGCAGAAGGAUGAGAAAAAGGUGUUAAUUUAAUGUGCAGCAAAGACAUUGACCAUGCUGUAUUAAGAGUGCAUCCUAUUCCUGGAUGGUUUGUGUUAUUUACAGUCACAUUUUUUUUCCUUUGACUUUUUUUGGCUUCUAUCUUUGAAAUGGGCUAUAGCGAUCAAGACCAAGUUUUAGUACUGUUUUACCACUGUUCAAAUCAUUCUCCAUAUUUACUCAUGUAACUUUAACUCUCAUAUGCCCACAUCUUCAGUCUGACUGUAGUGGAUUCAGUGGAAAUAGAACCGAAACUGGAACCAUUGACUCGAAAUCCUUCCUAAGGCAGGUGUGCCCUUUGGCUCCAGACAGGCGGUGGUCUUUGUAAGCAGCGUUUCCUUACACGACUUCUGCUUUCCUGAGAGCAGAGGGUUUGGGUUUGGGGGUAGUUUUUUAAGGGGAGGGGGAGGGGUAGAGGUAUUGAUUUGAUUGCUAUUUUAAAACCUGGCCAGCACUUUACUCAUUCUGCUUGAAUUGAAACCCCCAUAGUUAAAGAAUUCAGGAUGACUAACUAUGAAAGAGCUCUGGGUUUUAGGUCCUUUGUUUCUGGGAAGAGAAAAAGAUGUCACCAGAGCUUCUGAUUCUUUUCCAAACAGCUCCUUGGAGGUACUUUCAAUCUUCACCAAUAUUAAUUUACCCAAGGUUCUGGCCUUGAAGUCCAUUUCUCUAUUUGGCUUUGCUUCUUCUUAAGAGGUUUGGCAUUAUGCUUAGGCAUAACACAAAUACACAAGAACCAGGAGGGGGGAAGCGUGGCCUUACCACCACCACCCUACCACCAUCCCACCCUACCUCCCCCACCCCCCAAAAAAGAUAGCCAUUCUCUGCUGCUAUUUUCUAGUAUCAGCAUACAGGUGGUUGCUCAUUAGAGUAUAAUGUAAGCUUUGAACCUCAAUAACUUCAGGAAGGUUGGGAUGUAUUUAAGGCUUGUGGGAGGGGGUGGGGUUUUUUAAAAAAACAUUUUUUUUUUACAAGAAAAAGUUAAAACCUUCAUAGAAUUUGCUAGUUUAAAAAUGGGUCUACCAGAUUUGCCCCCUGAUGUUACAAGUCAUAACCAAAAGCCAAAGUUCAGCGGGAUUGGGAUCACAGCAGCUCUUCCUCAUUAUGGACCAAAGGGCCUUGGGAAUCAAGGCUCUCACAGAGGAUGGAUCCUGCAUCAGAACUAUGGGAUGUAGAAAAAGCCAAGCAAGUGGAACUGGAGAGAAAAUGCUUUUAGAACUGUUAGCCUGUUACACGCUUGGUUUUCUUUGAGUUUGGAAUCUAAUGGCAAGAAAACGAUGAUGCCACUAUGUGAUCCGUGUAAGAUGUAAGCACUGCUCCCUACAUAGCCUUGUCUGGCUAGCCAAGUCAAUCGGAUUUGUGAUUUGGUGAUGCUAAUGAAAUCAGAUGAUGUCCUUUCUCUAGGGGAUUUCUGAGCCAGGCUACCCAUGUACAUCUGUGAAGAAUAAAGAAAAUAAUAAAGCUUACCAAGCAUUCAUAAUGUCAGGGAAAUCAUUCAGCAGCUUAAUUUUUCCCUGGGUUGCCAGGUUUAUCUGUAUUUUUCAUGAUGAUAAACUAGAACUUGAGUUAUAUUUCUUUAAAUGCCAUUAAGCCAUAACAGUAGAGUUAAAGGUGUUUCUGGUGGUUAAGGAAAACUGUAGUCUGUACUUUUCAACAAAUAGUCUGAUGCAAAAGGAAUAACUUUUUUAUCAUGGUGGUAAGAUAAGUCCUGCAACUUAAUUUCUGAAAUGUUUCCCUAUCAAAUAAAGGGCUUUUCCCCCCUGACUUGCUUAGGGAUCCAGAUGGAUUAGAAGAUGUAAAGAGGUAAUUGUAGAAUCCAGUCUUCCAGGUGCCCCCCUGUGCUUGCUCUCUUGAGCUUUCAUCCUACGUUGAAAUUGCCAUAAAAUGCUCACUAAAGGAUUUGUACUCGCUGUCAGUAAAAAGCAACAAUACAACAACCCUGAAGGAAAAUACAUUUUUAUUCUUUCUACUUGGGUGCACUGUCUGUUUUCUUUGUAAAUGUAAUACAAUAAACAAAUUAUUUAAUAACC